ACAGACCGAACCGCUCCACAUUCCGUCUGUCAGUCUGUCCUCGUUUUGGUUGCUUAUACUGCCUACUACGGGAUAUUCGUGAUUGGUUCAUCCCUCCCUCCCCCCUCCCUUCCCGCGUGAUUGUAUGUAAAUCCGGUCGGGACUGAGCCAGUAGGUGAGGUUGGGGCUGGUGGCUCCUGCCUCUGUGGCGCACACGAGACCCGAGAGCGGCCGAGGUGAGAUCGCUGUGCCGUCGGAGCUGUCCACUCUGCCGUGGUGCUGAACUCCACGUCCCCCUCUGCUCUCUUCUCUUCUUUCUCUUCUAUCGGCUCUACUGUACAUUGAUGAUAUUUUGGGAAAGGAUUAACAACCUCCCUUUUGGCUGCUUAUAGGUGCAAACUUCUCCUGAGGACAUCUCUCGCUCCACACAUCGGAAAUUACACUACACCAGCCGUGGAUUUGACCGGAGCCCGAGAUUAUCAUUGGUAAUAGUUUGUUGAGAAGUGUUGCAUCCUUCUGUUCAUCACUAAUCUCGCUUGGAUUAUUCUCCUGGAUGGUUUACGUCUGGACACACAGGAAAAGACCAAUGAAGACAGCCAGAUGGUGGUUGGCGGCUAUUUUUCUGUUGGGGCUCGCUGUGCUCAGCACCGACGGGAGACCCAACAAGGAGGAAUUUGGGUCGCCGCCCUAUCGACCAGUUGUGCGAUUCCGACACAAGGAUGGGAUCCCUGAGAGCUUGAGGAUAAAGGGUUUUAUGGGACACACUGGCUUUCCAGGUCCAUGUGAACACAAGUACUGUGGUUUGGGGCGUCACUGUGUUGUCAACCAUGAGACCGGCCAAGGGGAGUGCAAGUGCUUGGAUCACUGUAAACCGCACUAUAAACCCGUGUGUGGCUCUGAUGGUAAGCUGUACCAGAACCAUUGUGAGCUCCACCGGGCCUCCUGCCUCAGAGGACACAAGAUUACCAUCAUGCACAGCGAGGAGUGCUUCUACAAAGAUGAUAACUGCAGGCUGAGUGACUACCGUCGGCUGAAAACCAAGAUUCUGGAUCUGCAUGACAAACGAUACAUGGGGGCCCACAUCCAUGGGGCCCACAAGGAUAACAUGGCUGCCAGGAAGCAACUGGUUGAUAUGAUGUUUAAACGCUUUGACGCAGAUAAUAAUGGUCAAGUCGACUCCAGCGAGCUCUCACAGGUCAUCAAGCAAGAAGGUCUGUCCAAGGAUUUCUCUGAGUGCACGUUGUUUGACCUGCUGAAAUACAAUGACGUCAAUGAUGAUGAGCACUUGACAAAAGAGGAGUUCUACACAGCUUUUGAUGUCUACCUGCUCACCCUUCCAGAUGACCAGAAAGUGAGCGUCACCACAGUAACAGUGGGCCAGAGCGCCGUGUUGACUUGUGCCAUCACGGGGGAACGAAGGCCUCCUAUACUGUGGAAGAGAAACCAUCAAUAUCUGAACUCCUUGAACCUGGAGGACAUCAAUGACUUUGGGGAUGAUGGCUCAUUGUACAUCACCAAGGUGACAACGACACACAUGGGCAACUAUACCUGUCACGCUGAUGGCUAUGAGAAACUCUUCCAGACCCAUACUCUUCAAGUGAACGUUCCUCCCGUCAUCCGUGUUUACCCAGAGAGCCAAGCCAGGGAGCCAGGCGUGACUGCCAGCCUGCGCUGCCAUGCCGAGGGUAUCCCCAGCCCCCAGCUGGCUUGGCUGAAGAAUGGCAUGGACAUCACAACCAAGCUGUCCAAACAGCUCACCCUGCAAGCUAAUGGAAGUGAGGUGCACAUCAGCAAUGUGCACUUUGAGGACACUGGUGCCUAUACCUGCAUUGCCAAAAAUGAGGCCGGCGUGGACGAAGACAUCUCUUCCCUAUUUGUGGAGGACUCUGCGCGCAAAACUUUGGCAAACAUUUUGUGGCGAGAAGAAGGUCUUGGCAUUGGCAACAUGUUCUACGUGUUCUAUGAAGAUGGUAUUAAAGUCAUUCAGCCAGUGGCAUGUGAGAUACAGCGACACAUUAAGCCCAGUGAGAAGCUGCUGGCUCUGCAGGAGGAGGUGUGUCCCACUUCACCAGGGGAGGUGGUCCAGAGGUGUGUGUGGUCAUCAGCGGUCAACAUCAAGGACAAGUUUAUUUAUGUGACACAGCCGACCUUGGAUCGAGUGCUCAUAGUUGACAUCCAGUCUCAGAAGGCUGUCCAGACAGUCAGCACUGACCCUUACCCUGUGAAGCUCCACUAUGACAAAUCUCACGACCAGGUGUGGCUGCUCAGCUGGGGAGACAUGGAGAAGAACUACCCUACUCUGCAGGUGAUCAAUCAGGCCAGUGGAAGAGUCUCCCACCACACCGUUCACACACAGCCGGUCGGUAGGCGAUUCGACAGGGUGGAUGACUUCUUCAUUCCCACCUCCAGCCUCAUCAUUAACCACAUCAGAUUUGGCCUCAUCCUUCAUCGAAAUGAGCCUGUCCUCCACAAGAUCGACCUGGAGACAACAUCAUACGUGAAAAACAUCAGUUUACGGGAGUAUAACUGCAUCCCCAAGUCUAUAGCUUACACCCAUCUUGGCGGCUACUACUUUGUCAACUGCAGACCUGACUCCACCGGCGCCACACAGCCCCAACUCAUCUUGGACAGUGUGACAGAUAGUGCGAUUGGACUAAACCGAGAUGUCACUGGCACUCCCUAUGUGUCUCCAGAUGGUCAUUACUUGGUCACUGUUGAUGAUGGCGAUGGCUUGAUGAGAAUCCAGACAAUCUCAGAGCGUGGAGAGAUCCAGGAACCCUUUGACAUCCACACCAACCUUCACCUGUCCGAUCUGGCCUUCCAGCGCUCCUUCACGGAGGUCCACCAGUACAACGUGUUCGGCAGCUCCGGCCGUCAGACUGACGCUCUAUUUGUGGAACUGAGCACUGGCAAAGUCAAGAUGAUCAAGAGCUUGAAAGAGGCCACCAAGUCAUUUGAGUGGCCGUGGAGCAGUAGAAACAGGGUAAUGGUGGGCAGUGGACUGUUCGGACAGUAUCUCAUGACCCCGUCUAGAGAGUCCCUCUUCAUCCUGGACGGACGGCUCAACAAGCUCAACUGUGAGAUCACCGAUGUCCUCAAAGGCAACGUGGUGGUGUGGGUUGGCGAGUCUUAGGUCGUAAAGUCAAGACCCAAGGAGCUUUUUUUCCCUCAAAGGUACUGUUGCACUGAAUUCUGUUGCAGAUUCUUUAGUUUUGUGGGAGCACAAUAGUGAAAACCACAGUUUCAGAAACCAAAUUGACCAUUUGUAAGUCCAUUGGAUGAAGAAAUGUCAUCCAAAAAAAAAAGGAAAAUAGAAAAAUACAAGUGAGGAAGUAAUCGAUUGAUAUUGUCUUAAAGCCAAGUUAAAAUAUUUUUUUUCCACUGGGUGGUUUGUCUUUAAAUUGACAUAAAGUUGCUUGCUGGUAACAUUUUUCAGGAAAAUUGGUAUGAAUCCGUAAAUAUGUGCAACUUUGCAUUAUUAUUCACAAUCAGUUGUAUUCAGUGUGUGGGAAUGCUGUAGAUAAUCUCUGAACAAAACUAAUAUUUAAGUGAAUUGGCAGAAAUAAAUAUAUAUAUAAAUAUAUAUACUGUAUAUGUCCAGAUUAAAUCUUGUAAUUUAAGUUUACCCAUCCCCAACUUUUUCCUGUGCCUUCAAGGAAAAUUGCCCUCCAUCAGAGGAAUUAGCGUAAUUAUUCCCAGUAUGACUGCAGACUACACCUAUUCCUUUGACCCCGUCCAUUCGUGGUGAGCGUGGUUACCCACAAUUCUACCGCUCUCGUCUAUCUGUCCAUCCAACGCCGCCGACUCAGUCUAAUUAAAACGAGCCCUUGCUGUGAUCCCAUCCUGUUUGAAGUGGAGACUGAGAGACUGAGUGGUUCAUUAUGGUUGUGCGUUCUGUAACCUUUGAUCCGAAAUUAUAACCAGCGUUGGAAGGUUCUGAAUGAUAUUUUAUUUUCCUUUUUUAGUCCAGAGCAGAAAAAUGAAAGUCAGAGGCGACGUUAGUUAAAUUGUACCAGCUUUAUACACUACACAUUGUGAAAUUUAAGUAUUUCAAAAUGUUCCUUAGUGAUGAGUCAAUAGAGCACUUGUGUGUGAAGAAAAUCCUAUCAUAACUUCAAUAUCCCUGGAUCCAAAAAAGAAGAAAAAAAGCUUAGUAGAGUAUAAUAGAAUGAACUGUGGAAAACAUGCAUUGUCUGCUCAGUUUGACAGCGUGUUUCAAGUGGAUGUUUUAAUGUGAAAUAACGAUGAGCUAGCACACUGGGGAGUGGGGUAGUUGUGAUUGUAUUGUGUAGAGGGUCUUAUAAGGAUAAGCUUUGAAUAUGAAUAACAACUUUUUUCUGAAUGCUCCUGCGGUAGAUUCAUAGCUGGCAGGUCAAUGAAACCGUUUCCUAGCUGGACACAUUUCUAUGCAUUUUCACCCUAGCAGUCUAUGACUCUGUGAAUCACAAUGGGCAACUGUAUCUCAAAUUUAGUAUGGACUUUUAAUGUGUACAGAUUAUUAUAAAGUUAUUCUGUCUUUCCUGCUAAAUCUAUUCGUAUAUAUUUUGGUUUUAAUUUAAUUUGAGCCCUUUUCCUCCCCUGUCAUACAUUGUUUUCCAACCUUUAAACUCGACUGCUGAUGACGACCUCUGACCUUUCUCUCUAUUUAUGUUCUGUACAUAGCAGCUGACUGUGAGUCCAUUAGUUUCCCACGAAUGUACAGAUUCACGCAGGUUCUGGUCAUUUUCCAGACAAAUAAUCAGCACACUCCUUUUUAAGAAACAAAAAACACAGCUGUCAUUAUCAACAUCCUGUAAUCAAGUACAUUGUGAUCACAAACACCGCUCUCACCUCCAUAUAGCCACGUCUUGUAAGUCUAUUCAUGUGAUUGUUAUUUAUAUAGAGAAAACACGCUUGUCAUUUUACCCAAAAAUAAAACUAUACCAUGAAAAACAA